AUGUCGGUCAUGAAUUCCUUCUUAAGAUCUUUUACUAGGUUAAACCUACGCACCCAAUAUCAGCAGCCAUCCACUGUUUUCACUCGGCGGUCAAUCUCAUCAACUCCUACCAACUUUGCUACUUUAAACCAAAUUAUGAGAGGAGCUCGUAAAUCAUUCACAAAAGUUUCUAAAGCACCUGCAUUAGAGAAUAAUCCACAAAAGAAGGGCGUUUGUACAAAGGUUUAUACCACCAAACCAAAGAAACCAAAUUCUGCCAUUCGUAAAGUUGCUCGUGUAAAGUUAUCAAAUGGUAGAGUCGUUAGAGCAUACAUCCCAGGUGAAGGUCACAAUCUGCAGGAACACAGUGUUGUUUUAUUACGUGGUGGACGUACUCAAGAUCUUCCUGGUGUUCGUUACAAAAUAAUAAGAGGUGCUUUAGAUUUCAGUGGUGUCGUCGGUCGUUCAUCUGCGAGGUCAAAAUAUGGGUCUAAAAAACCUAAAGAUUUGUAA